AUGGCUGCGAACAAGAAAGUACGCACCCAACCACCAUAUGAGCUGCUCUACUGGCCGGGCAUACCGGGUCGCGGCGAGUUCAUCCGCCUUGCUUUUGAGGCGGCUGGCGUGUCUUACAAAGACGUUGCCAACGAGUCGGAAGAUGGAGUCAAGCAUAUACUUGAACUCAUCUCGCAAGACUCGACCGGCGAUAGCGACGGCAAUCCACCCACCUUCGCUCCUCCGGCCCUACGCAUUCCCGGCGAAGGGAAGGAUGGGAAGGCGCUCGUUAUAUACCAGACACCCAGCAUUCUGUCCUAUCUGGGUGACAAAAUUGGCCUAGCAGGCGACGGCGAGGCGGAGAAAGCCUGGAUCCUCUCCCACACCCUCACAGCGCUCGAUCUCAACAAUGAAGCACACGACACGCACCAUCCCAUCGCUAGCUCAAAGUACUACGAGGACCAGAAGGAAGAAUCGCUGAAGAAAGCGAAGGAUUUUCGGGAGAGCAGGAUCCCAAAGUUCCUCGGAUUCUUCGAGCGUGUGCUGAAAGGAAACCAGGAGCAGGGAAAUGGCAAGUAUCUCGUGGGUAGCAAGUUGAGUUAUGCGGACACGACGGUGUGGCACGUGCUGAGUGGGCUGGAGUUCGCGUUCCCGCAGGAGCUGAAGGCUAGGAAAGGGGACUAUGAGUUGUUAUUUGGCACGUUCUAUGAGAGUGUGAAGGAGCAGAGUGGGCUGAAAGAAUAUCUAGCCAGCGACAGAAGGAAGCCCUUCAGUAUGGGCGUCUUCAGGCAUUACCCCGAGCUUGAUAGGCAGUCAACAUCGUGA